AUGUCUUUCCACGAGGGUAGUCCCCCUACUCCUACCCCUUUGCCAGCAGCCCCUGAGGCAAGUCAGGCUGCCGUCCCCUCGGCAGUGAUAGAGGCCGCCGUCGCCUCCCCUACAUCGGUGUCGUCUCCUAUACCACAGAGUCGGCCUGCUAGCGCUGCUGCCAGUACGGCUACUAUCAGUACAUCGGGGGCUAAGGUUAGGCUCAAGGUGGAAGAAAUGAAGCAAUAUCUCGAUCAAGCCAAAUGCCUAUUUGCCGAUAGCCCAGAGAAAUACGAUGAGCUGCUGGAAGUCAUUGCCAGCAUGUCUAAGCGGACACGGCCUCGGUCGCCGUCAUCAUCACCAUCACCACCCCAGCCCACAGCUGCUGCUACGACCAACGUCGCCGCCGCUGCUGCUGCUGCGGCCGCCUCCUCCCUCCCUGCUACUACUACUAUAGCUGGUGGUAGUGGCCUAGGGGCCUUGGUCGGGCAGUUACAGCAACUGAAUAACACCACGGGGGGGCAGGCGACGUCAGGAGGGGGUGCCAGCGUACAGAUGCUACAAGCACUGCAAGGCCUUAUGCAACACCCGCCACCAGCGCAGACCCCUGCACAGCCUCAACCAACCCCUAUGGAGAUCGCCAGGCAGGAGGAUGACUUAUCUGAGCUGGACAACCUCGAUGUGGGAGCUCUGAUCGAUCGGCUGUUGAAGGUCUUUGAAGGGCAGGGAGCAGCCAAGUCAAUGGUCCGUCGGCUGGAGGAGCUCCAGAAGAAGCUUGAGGAGAUGGCUGAGGGGGAGAGGGAGGCCUACGAGCUGAAGAUGCCACAUGACAUCACCAGUCAGCAUCUCGAGCAGAUCAUUAACAGUUAUACUUCUACGGCGAUUGGGCAAAAGAUGGCGGACGAACUCCUCCUACAUCCUAUGAAGACUCUCCCUUUACUGGUAACACGUCUGAAGGAGACUGAGGCCUCGUUGACAUCACCAACGAGUGGCCUCGUGGCCGCCGCCUCUAAGGCGUGGUUGAAGGUGGACAAGAGGAGCUACCUCCCGGGCCUCGAUCACAGGAGCUAUUAUUUCCGAGGACACUGCUCGAAGAACUCCACCAGCCGAGCCUUCCUUACAGAUCUACGACAGAGUGAUAGCCCUCUUGGUAUCGUAGAGGAGGAGAGGGAGUGGGCAUCCUGGGGGCCUGAAUGGUUGUCGAAGAGCGACAGUGGUCGCUACCCCAUCACUAUUAUCGGUAACGCUGCUACCUUCCAGAGCCUCCAACAGGAUGGGGUCGCCAAUGGGGCGGAACCUGCAGCACAGGGGCCUCCUGUCCUCUUGUGCAUGCCUAACGCUGAGAUUCAUGAAUUGGCAUUGAAGUUGGUUAAAGGUAAGGUUGAAGCGAGAUGGGCCGAGGAGCCCGUUGAUGGUAUAUCGAUUGAUAUGGCCCUGCAUACUCUCGACAAGAUUCUACAACCAUUCCUCCCGGCCUCCGCUGAGCUCAAGAGUCCUCGUCCGAGUAAUGGGACUAAGAUCUUCGAUGAUGUUACUACAUUGAAGGGACAAGAACAGUCAAGUAGCCGACCGGUGUUCCUCACCCAGACCCAAUACUCCCUUUUACGCUACUAUCACAUCAUCUACUCGAGACUCGCUCGAGCUGCCUCCGACAUAGCACGUCUGAAGAAGCAGUUGGAGCACCAGCAGCAACAGCAAGGUCAAGAGGAGUCCAUCACGUCCGAGUCGCCACAAUCAUUACCCGGAGGAGGAGGGGAUAACAAUACCCUGUCUACUGAUGGCAAUAACGUGGUCACCACGGUGCCUGGCUCACAGGGGGUGGACUCACUUGUCAACAGCAUUGUGGAGACCUUCUUAUCGUCAUCGGAUCCCACGGGAAUGGGUGGUUUCAACAACAUAGUAAGAGAGCACUUAGGCUUCAAUAGAGGAUAUUACCUUUACACCAUGCCUAAGGUUUUGGCGAGAAUGUCAGAAGCCCUUCAGUUGGUAUGUCUUGGUCGAGCAGAUGUGGUGAGUAAACGGAAGACUUCUGAUUCUGGGUCACGAGUACCGAGGAGGGACUCAGCUACCCAACGGUUAUUUGCACUGAACGAGUCCAUACAGUCGGUGGACUUGAACUCUGAAACAGCUAAAGAGCUGUCCAUCCUUGGCCUUGAAUGUUAUCGCCACUACAACUACUACGAUGCUGGCCCAGACCCUGAGGGCCUCGGUGGAUCUAUCAUAGCCGCCAGCGUUCAUGACGAUGGCUGGUUCUCUUGCUGUGAGCUGAAGGCAUGAUUAUGAUGACGAGUAUUCACAAUUUGUCUAUUAUCGAUUAUCGAAAACGUCCGAAUAAAUGUUAUCAUUCCCUUCUCUUUGUACAUUUAUCAUCAGUCAUAGCACCUACAGCCGUCACCACUACAACGGGGCGUACAUUGAUUAUCUAUACUAUCCGCAUCAGCCAUAG